GCCGAACAUGGCAAUUCCUCUGAUGACCUGGACUUAAAGAUGCUGGUCUGCAAGAUCAAGAUCCCGCACGUCGCCCAUAACGGGGUCCACAUCUCCUCCGUGCGCACACCUCGUGUGAAUCGGGUGCAGCGGGGUCAAAGUCAAGCGUUAAUCCAUCUCGAAGAAUUCGGAAUAAGCGCCGCGCUCCUGAACAAAACCUACCAAUCCAUCAUAAUCGUAGUCGACAUCCUCCUAGUAGACGCCGCCGAUCCAGAGGACGUCAAGCUUUGGUACGUGGAAGACGAAGGGCCCCGAUUCCCCGUUGUCGAUCCGGAUGGAGCGGUGUUGUUGAUGAGGGAGUGGAAGGCGCUUCAGACGAAUCAGCAAUACCAGACUAUGGAUGCGAUGGAUGCGGUGGUGACGAAGCAUCGGACGAUUGAUUUGCGUGUUGAGAAGAUUGUGGUGAUUGUUCAUUGGAUUGGGAUGGAUACGAAUAGUCAGGCGAAUGUUAAUGUUAAUGCGAGGGUUUAUUAUAAGGAGGAGACAUUACCUCCGCCUCCUCGAGCGUUGCCUGCCGAACGGCUGAUUGGGUCGUGAUGCAUGAUUGCCUAUCUCCCUACCAUUUCUGUGAAUGCCGAGAAGAGUAAGAUUUGAGUAAUACCUUCU